AUGGAAAUAAAGGGUGCGGUAGGAAACGACCCAACGGCUGUCCUCAGUGCCCACACUUCGAAGAAGGUCGCCAAAGUGAUCAUAGUGCUAAUAUGGUUCUUGGCGCUCUCAUUGGCAGCUCCUAUGGCCAUGUCGUGGGUUGUCAUCAUGGUAGACGAACAGGACCCAAUAACGAAGAUCUUCUACAAAAAGCCAUUCUGUGCUCCCAGUGAGUUCGGUCUACACUCGCUGGCUAUAUACCGGUUGAUUCUGUAUAUAUUUCAGUACGUCAUCCCGCUGUGCGUAAUCACGUUCGCGUACGCACACAUGGCCAUGAAGCUGUGGGGCGCGCGGGCCCCCGGCACCGCCCUGGAGUCCAGAGAUGCUAAUCACAUGAAAAAUAAGAAAAAGGUGAUCAAAAUGUUGGUGCUGGUGGUGGCACUGUUUGCGCUCUGCUGGCUGCCGCUCCAAAGCUACAUGCUGUUACAAUCCUUUUUCCCCUCCAUAAAUGAGUACAGGUACAUCAACGUGAUAUUCUUCUGCUUCGACUGGCUGGCGAUGAGCAACUCUUGCUACAAUCCAUUCAUUUACGCCAUUUAUAAUGAAAAGUUUAAGAAGGAGUUCAAGCAGCGAUUCACUUUUGGACAGCGGCCUAACAGAUUCGCCAACGAUAGCUACGAGGACGGACAAUCGUGUCGGACACGGAUCUUAUCGUUCCGAUCCACCAACGAGCGCAGUGUCUACUCGGCGAGAAAAUCUCUAAACAUCACCCCGAUCGAUAGCAUAAAAAAUCCAGCUCUAAAUCCGUGCCAUUGCUUACGAAAUCAAAACAACAUGAAAGAAAACGGAUUUCGUUUCUUGAAACCCGACGAUUACUCCCAUGAUGGCAAUAGAUACAGGAAUAAUGAGGGGACCAGCAGAAGAAAAUAUUCGGGAAAACGAAUGGCUAACGGCAACGAUAUGCCCAUCGGAGACGAACGGGUCACUGAGCUGUAUAUCUUCCCUAAUAGCAAUAUAGUCGAGUUCACGGACAUUACAUACGAAGACAAAGUGUGAAAAGUGAACAGUGAAAUUAUAUUUCCAUUUCAAUGUGAUGUGAUAGAUACAAGGUUAUGUAGAUUUAACGAAAUAAAUUUUAAGUUAAGAGUUGAAUUAUGGAGUCUCAAUAAUAAUCCUAUAAAGCAAUAUUGAAAGAUAAU